CACGACUGAGAAACACUCUGAUUCAAUAGCGGGGUAACAAGGCUUUAUUGGCAGAAGACACACAGUUGUGUACUGAGAAAGUUCAAUAGCGAGACAAUGAAAGAGUCCGACCGUCCAAGCUAACUACAAGGCCAACUGGGAGACCCAGUGUACGGCAGCGUCAGCAGAGGUGUGAGCAGGACGGCGGCAGAGAUGACGUGUAAGCCAGCUGCAGAGAUGAGGUCGGGAGACGGCAGAUAACCCCGGCGAUAGCGGCGGGAGCGAAGCGGGCAGAAACCGCCUCUCUGGUGGAACAGGCAGCCCGUGGCCGGCAACAAGGGGAAGAGACCGUAGUCCAGAUGCAGUUCUCGAUGGCGAGCAGAGACAUGGACAAACUCAUUCAUCUGAUCUUACUCUCUGGUCUUUGUAUUCCAGGUAGUUUAGCAGAGAAUUUAGCAUUUAAAGGAACAGUGACACAGUCAUCCACAUAUCUCACCUGGCUACCUCAACAUGCCAUAGAUGGUGUCAGAUAUGGACCAGACCCAGAUGAUGUUACAUAUUGCUCUGCUACAACAUCUGAGAGUGACCCAUGGUGGAGGCUGGAUCUCUUGGAUUAUUAUGACAUCGGUACAGUGAUCAUCACUGCUAGACCAGACGAACAUUUGGAACAAACCAACGGAGCAGAGAUUCGUAUUGGAAACUCACUGGACAACAAUGGAAACAACAAUCCCAUAUGUGCUGUGACUUCUGAUCCUCUACCUGGUCAAACCAUCAGUUACUCGUGUCAUGGGAUGGAGGGACGUUAUGUGAAUGUGAUCAUGCCUGGACGUACAUCUCAUCUCACUCUGUGUGAAGUGGAGGUCUAUGGAGUUUUACGUUAUAGACAAAAAACCUUUUUGAGACUGAAAUUGUCCUCCAGUGUUGAUGUAGCUGCUGAGAGCGGCAAAAUCCUCCAUCAGCUGCAGUCUGCUCUGGCAUCACACAUCUCUGAUUUUAAUCUGUCCUGGACACAACUACCUGAGAAAGAAGAAGAACCAAGAGCUGACAGAUUCAAGUACACACACUUUAACAACAUGUUUUGAAUUAGGAGUGUCCACAAUAAUAGCAAAGUGCGCAGGCUUGAUCAUUGUUUCCACUAAAAAUAUUUUAUAUAUUUUAAAUAUUUCCCUGAACUUUUUCAAUUCAGUUUAAAGGGAAAAUUCAGCCAAAAACAAAUUUGCCCAUGAUUUACUCACCCUCAUAGCAUCCUACACUGUAAAACGUUUUGCAGCCGGUUGCCAGUAACUUACUGUAGAUUUAAUUUUGUUUUAAACAUAAACUUACCUUGUUCUUAUAUUUUCUUUCAUAAAACAAGACUAAAUAUCUUAGGUCACUUUUCUUGUCAUGUAAAUGUAUCAUAAUUUAAGAAGUUUUAAAUAUUUUUACUGGAAAACAAGACAAAAAUGCUUAGUUAGAAUGUCAUUGUAACGAGGAAGGCAGGACGAGAGUCGUGAGGGAACGGUGCGAGGCCGGUGACGCGAGUGAUAAGGAGUGUCAGCUGCGCGUUGCACCAGUCUCGCAUCUCUCACGGAGGAGAUCGGAAGCAUAAAAGGACGAGCGACAGGAGUGUAUGACGAGAAAGGACCAGGCCUGGACAUUAUGUUAAGUUUUAUUUAUGUUUGUGUGGCCGGCAGUUAACCGUGAGGUAGCUGUCGGCCCUUUACUUUCGUUUUGUUGUUUGUUUAUUUGAUUAAAAGUUUGUUAUUGUUGGCCGGUUCCCGCCUCCUUCCUUCCUUACUUACUUUGAACAGUAUUACAGUCGUGUUUUGCAGUGAUGCUGUGCUAAAGCCUGUAAUGAGACCAGCUUUUGAAUCUCAAAAGUCAAAGUGUUUUCAUUUUGAUUAAUGUAAAGUUUAACUAAACUUGAAAACGGUACUGAUAGGAAAGUAGUUCUAAUGGCUGGAAUACACUACAAGACUUUUAAAAUCUGAACAGAUUUUUUUUAAACUAGACAUCAUACACAUGCAGACUUUUUGAAAGUUUCAGAUAGAACCACACUAACUGAUCAAAUCUGCAGACCGGCACAGACUUUCUGCAACAAGUCCAGACUGAAAAUCUGGGCAAAAUCUAAGCAAACGUUUUGUAGUGUAUUUUAGCCUUAAGUAGUAAUAGAAUUUACAGUAAGUUACUGGCAAAACUACAGCAAUGUUUUACAGUGUAGGUGUACAUGACUUCUUUCAUGUGAAUACAGGUGGAGUUACAGUAUAAUACCAUUUAUAUUUUUUCACCCAAGCUUUAGAAUGGGAGUGAAUAGAGUAUGAGAUUUUAAAGCUUCACAAAGUGCAUCCAUCAAUCAAAGAACUGCUCGACACAGCUCCAUGGGGUUAUAAGGCCUUCUGUCUAACUUCCUUUAUAAAUUAUGCGGUGCUGUCUCCGUCACCGGCCUUCAUCAUUUCAAACGCCUUCAUUAUUUGCCGGAACGCCACCCUCUUGUGCAUGCGUAGUCGAUGGAGAACGGAAGUUAAACAAUACAGUUGAUAAAGUUGUCAAUGUGGAUGUCUCAUUUAAACAAACACAUCGAUUUGCUUCAGAA